CCCAUGUCCACUUGAGGAGAGAGUGAAUCACCAUCUCAACUCGAAGCUUCCACUCGCACUCUCUCUCUCCCUCACUCGCACCUCGGGCCCACUGGACACCGGUCACCAUGCCUCUGCCGCUCUACUCAAUAGUCAUCUUCGCUCUGCUGACCCUCGCCCACGGGGAGCCUGACCUGCCGACCUCCUCGUGGCUCCGUCACUGCGAGAAGGACACGCCCACUCCCGUCCAGGGCGUGACAGAGGGCGUGGUUCCUGCGUGGUUGGAGGGACGCCUCACGAGAGUGGGUCCCGGGAUGCGACAUGUCGGGAACACGUCCUACAGGCAUUUGUUUGAUCCGUUGGCCGUCCUCCAUCUGGUCACCGUCCAGGGGGGGGAGGUCACCUACACGUCCAAGUACCUGGACAGCGACGCCUACCGAGCAAACCUGGAGGCAAAUCGCAUCGUCGUGGGAGGGUUCGGCACCGCCCCCUUCCCUGACCCAUGCCGUACCUUGUUUGACAGCGUGGCGUCUUGGUUCUCACGUCCGCCCAAGAUAAUGGAUAACUGCCUUGUCAAUGUUCUGCAAGUGAAGGACCAGAUGAUUGCCAUGACGGAGACGGAUGAAGUGAGAGUUGUGGACGCGGAGACUUUAAACACUUUCGGACACAAGCUAACAAUAUCGGAUUACGUUGCAAUCCGACAAGCCACCGCCCACCCUCAUGUCGAACCAGACGGCACUGUUUACAACCUAGCUUCUUCCGGAAACAGAAACGGCCCCACCUAUAACAUCAUCUCUCUCCCCAACGGUGAAAUUGAAAUGGCAAAAAUGGAAGCAUCGAUUCUCGCCAGGUGGAGGUUCCAUCCAGGAUACAUGCACAGUUUUGCCAUCACGGAAAAUUACUUCAUCCUGCUUGAAACGCCUUUCACGUUUAGCAUCGGCGCCCUUCUGGCCGGGCGCUACUUCGGCAAAAGCUUCGAGGAGGCUAUGGUGUGGUUCCCCAACGAGAAGGUCCAUUUCAGGCUGAUUGACCGGCGGACCGGGCAGGAGCACCCCACUACCUUCACCUCCGACGCCUUUUUCACCUUCCAUCACAUCAACGCUUACGAGACGAGUGAUGACAUGCUCGUCAUCGACGUCUCCCAUAUCGAAUCCGGCGAUAUCGUGAAGGCUCUCUACUUCUCCAAUAUCAACAAAGCGAACACUGACCCGACGAAGUUGAAAUCUAACACUGUGGCCAAGAGGUUCCUCUUGCCCUUGGGAGAUGUCAGUGGAAUGCCCACAGAAAGUGAGCUCCUGGAGGGGGUUUCAGAUGCCAAAGUGGAGAACCGUGCAGGAGACUCGGCUUCUGCAAAGAAAGUCAACGACAACACGAUUCACCUUGAGGCCCUCACCCUCAACCCUAUAUUCUUUGAAAUGCCAAGAAUAAAUUAUGCCUACAAUGGUAAACGGUACCGUUAUGCCUAUGGUGUAAGUAAUGAAGGGAUGGUCCUCGACUUUACAACACUUGUCAAGUUAGAUGUGAAAACAGGUGAGAAAAAAGUUUGGAUGGACCCUGCAUACUUCGUCUCAGAACCAGUCUUCGUAGCCUCUCCUGAUGGCAAGUCCUCUGGAGUAGAAGAUGAUGGAGUAGUGUUGUCUCUCCUGCUUCACAAGACAAACCCUCGCCUUCUUUCAUUUUUAGUUCUAGAUGCACAGAAUUUCAACCAGAUUGCCAAGGUUGACUUUGAAGCACAAGGGACUGUAACGCCUACAUUCCAUGGUCAGUUUGUCAGUUCAUUUGACCAGGUUCAUGGUUAUUAAAUAACAUAUUGUAUAGCAAAUCCCUCUACUGUGUUAAAAAAAAACAGGGAGAAACACCACUCAUCUUACAUAUACUGAGUUUUCUAUAUUCAUGGACUCCUUAAUAGCCAACAUCAGUGAAUUUUUUUUCAACAUAUAUUCAUAUUUGGAUAUUUACACGCUCAGAGUAAGGUUUCAUAUUUUUCUAUGGAGUUUUCAUUUCUUGUUUUGCAAAAACAAAAAAUUUAGUAACUUCACACAUACUCAAAUAGCUUUAUACCAUUGAAUAAAUACUGAAAUAU